AUGCCUCCGCCAGAUUCAGAACCCGGCACAUGGUCAGCAUGGGGUCUCUCCCCGCGCGAGUGGGGAGAGGUGCAGUCUGCGCUUCGCGCGGAAACGCCGCCGGCCAGCCAGGAGUCCGGCCAACAGCCAAGCGCGGCGCAGAGAAGCCGGGAACCUGACGGGGGGUGCGGAACUAAGCCCUCCCCUCACGCGCGGGCUGAUACUCGCGCAGCGUCGGCGCACGCAGAGGAGCGACCUGGCCUGGGUCCGCGGCGAAGGGGGGACCGUUGGUCACCUCAAUAUGGACGUGAGUCGGCGCCCCACUCGCCCGGGCCUGCCUCACCACCUCCACGAACGUGUCCGCAGCAUGAUCGAGGGCUGGAUCAGGCUGGUUGCCAUUCCCGCCUCGCCCUCCGCCCUUCCGCCAGCCCCGCCGUCCCCCGGAACCAGCCGAAUGUGGACGCGGGGGGGACUGCUCGCGGCGACCCGAAUCCCAGCGACGACCAGGCGACCCCCUCCCCCGCGUCGCCGGAGAUCGCCGAGGAGAACGUUGCGCGGGGGAUCGCGCUCACGGUGAGCGCUGGCCUACCUGACCACGAGGGGAUGGGCGGCGAGGGGAGCGAGGACGUGCAGAAGAACGCUUACCCCCCUCCCCGCGCUGAUAGUGCUCGCGACGCUCAGGAGAAGGGCGGCGAGGAGAGGGUGGCUGUUGAGGGUGCCGCAGAGGCGAGCACCCGCGCUCCUGCCGCGGCUGACCGUCCGGGCGGUUCGACGCAACACGAGCAGGCGCCCACGAAUACUCCGGCGAGGCGGGGCGCGCGGCAGGACGAUGGGGAAGCGUUUGAACCCGCUCGAAGUGGUGCACGGGCUCGCUCGCGGAGGGGUGCGCAGGGAGACGCGGACGAGGCCCGGCAGGCGCAGGCUGCGGUAGCGAGCUCUCCGCGGAACCCUCCAGCUCCGGAUCCCGUCUCACGGAUGGGUCCAUCACCCCCGAUCUUACCGCAGCCGACGCCAGUGCGGCGACGAAGCGAAAACGAGACGGCCGCGGCGCCGCAGACAGGGCGCGAGGGAGCUGCUGUGGGACGAGCAACGCGGGGAAUCCGCGUAGGACGCGGCAGCCGCCGCGGACGACGAGGCAACGAGAGAGGACGAAGAGGUGGUGGAGCACGAGAUUCGAACAGGCGCGGAUCUGGUGCAAGCGGCUACGCGAGGAAUGUGGAAAGGCCGAUGCGAAACGGCGCGGAGGGUGAUGUGGAACCACUUAGCGAGGAAGCAGAGGAGGAAGCGGAGAAUGAGGAAAGUGAAGAGGGGGACCCUGCCUUUAACCCUGAAAGCGAGGAGAUGUUAGAAGCAGAGGCCGAGGAGGACGAGGAAGAGUUGGAGCUGCUGCGGGAAGCGGAGCUCCCAAACCAGCAGGCCAGAGCGCGAUGA